AAAAAAAAAGCUUAGGGUUUCGUUUUCGCGUCGCUCCGGAUCGUGUUCGGAUACUCGCUGUGGCGAUGAAGAGAAGCAUAGGGGAGAGAGGGUUCGACAGCUUAUCCAUGGCGAACUGCCUGAUGCUGCUCUCGCGCGGAGUCGAGUUCGAGUCCGUCGUCGACAGCUCGCUGCCCCACCGAGUCUUCGAGUGCAAGACAUGCAACCGGCAGUUCUCGUCGUUCCAGGCCCUCGGCGGGCACAGGGCGAGCCACAAGAAGCCGAGGCUGGCGUCCGGUGACGAGGCGGCGCAGUCGCAGGGGUCGUCGUCAUCGCCGGCAAAGCCGAAGACGCACGAGUGCUCGAUCUGCGGCCUGGAGUUCGCGAUCGGGCAGGCCCUGGGGGGCCACAUGAGGAGGCACCGAGCCGCGACCAGCGAGGGGGCGGCAGCCCGGACGGCGGCAGCGGGGGCUCCUCCUUUGUCGCAGAUCUCCGUGGUGUCGCCGGCGCAGGUGCCGGUGGUGAAGAAGUCGAACAGCCAGAGGGUCUUGUGGCUGGACCUGAACUUGACGCCGAUGGAGAACGAGAGCGACCUGGAGUUUCGGUUAGGGACGAAGACGGCGGCUCCUGCCGCCAUCGAUUGUUACGUCCUAUAGAUGAUUUACCUUUCAUAGAUCGCACAUACAAACAUAUAUACGUAGACAGCACGUCUGGACAUACGCCCUGGAGCCUUUUUGCUCGGAUAUUUUUUUUUUGGCGAUGUUCUCUUUUGUGAAUAUUUCAGUUCAUUUAUUCAAUAUUUAUAGUGAUAUAUCAUUCAAUAAAAAAGAUGAUUGCGCCAUAU